CAGAAGCUUUAAUGAUAAAUAUUGUCACGCUUUGUCGCAGCAAGAAGUCCACACUGCCUCUCAACUCUCGAGAUUCUCUUCGUUUUUUCAGAUCGGAGAUUUGCUGUGAGAAAAUGGCUAAGGAACCAGUUCGCGUUCUCGUCACCGGCGCCGCUGGACAAAUCGGAUAUGCUCUUGUUCCUAUGAUUGCCAGGGGAGUCAUGUUGGGUGCAGACCAGCCUGUCAUCCUCCACAUGCUUGAUAUUCCACCUGCUGCCGAGGCGCUCGAGGGAGUGAAAAUGGAAUUGAUAGAUGCAGCAUAUCCUCUUCUUAAGGGUGUUGUUGCCACAACUGAUGCUGUGGAAGCUUGCAAGGGUGUUAACAUUGCUGUAAUGGUUGGUGGAUUCCCGAGGAAAGAGGGCAUGGAAAGGAAAGAUGUGAUGUCCAAGAAUGUCUCCAUUUACAAGUCCCAAGCUUCUGCACUCGAGAAGCAUGCUGCUGCUAACUGCAAGGUUUUGGUUGUUGCAAAUCCCGCCAACACCAAUGCAUUGAUUUUGAAAGAAUUCGCCCCGUCAAUCCCCGAGAAGAACAUUACUUGCUUAACUAGAUUGGACCACAACAGGGCCCUUGGACAGAUUUCAGAGAGAUUGAAAGUUCAGGUGUCUGACGUUAAGAAUGUCAUUAUUUGGGGAAAUCAUUCCUCAACACAGUAUCCCGAUGUCAACCACGCCACUGUGAAAACCGCGGAGGGAGAAAAGCUUGUCCGCGGACUUGUAGCUGACGAUGACUGGUUGAAUUCGGAAUUCAUAACCAUUGUCCAACAGCGUGGCGCUGCGAUUAUCAAAGCCAGAAAGUUGUCCAGUGCACUUUCAGCUGCUAGCUCUGCCUGCGAUCACAUUCGUGAUUGGGUUCUUGGAACUCCUGAGGGUACUUGGGUUUCUAUGGGUGUAUACUCGGAUGGUUCGUACAAUGUUCCGUCUGGGCUGAUCUACUCUUUCCCUGUCACUUGCAAAAAUGGAGAAUGGAGCAUCGUCCAAGGGCUGUCAAUCGAUGAUUUUUCGAGGAAGAAAUUGGAUUUGACAGCCCAAGAGCUGAGUGAGGAGAAGACUCUGGCAUACUCGUGCCUGUCUUAAGCAGCGAAUGAGAAAAUGUUCUACUUUGGACUGGUGAGUUCUGCACUUUUGAAUAACCGAUCCAUAGUUACUUCUUUUUUUCCAACAAUUAGUGAUUAUGAUGGAAGCUAUGCUAUAUCUCUGUUUCUGUGGAUCAUCAUCCUCAUGGACUACUUGUGCCACCAUGACAAUCAAUACUCUUAAAUUUUACACACUUUUUCAUUA